AUGAGUUGUCGCACGGGCCUCGCCAAGAAAACAUCGCGAGCGUCGUCUCGUAUUCGCUCAUCGGGUUCGUGUAUCGGGCAUUGCACUUCUCGCCAUCACAAUCGGAAACCGGGUGCACUUUCCCGGUUCUUGUUUCGAAUGGCUGCUCCUCGACAAACGGUGUUUGCUUCAUCUGUCGAUUCGGCAGGUCCAGAGUCGCGUGAUGGUCCGACCCUGAAUAUCCCAACUGCGCUUACCCUGAUUCGGGUCGCGGCAGUGCCUUUGGUGACGCUCAUUUUUUUCAUGAGAGGUGCAUGGGUGGCGCCAUCCUGUUGCACUAUCUUUAUUUGUGCUGCUAUAACUGACUGGGCCGACGGAUUUCUUGCGCGAAAAUUGCGACUUGUCUCUUCUUUUGGGGCUUUUCUCGACCCAGUUGCAGAUAAGCUGAUGGUUGCCGCCGCGCUUGUGCUGCUUUGCGUUCACGCACCUCCGGAUGUCGGUGGCGCGUUUAUUGCGAUCCCGGCGACAAUAAUUAUCGGUCGCGAGAUAACUAUGUCUGCUCUUCGAGAAUGGGCGGCCUCGGCAGGGGGGGAUGUACAUGACGCAGUUGCAGUAAAUUCUUUCGGAAAAUGGAAGACGGCCACUCAGCUCGUUGCGAUUUCUAUACUCCUAGGAGCGAGGGAUGGUUUCGCAUGGUUGGGGUUGUCCAAAGACGCGGGGAUGCUACUCACAAAAGCCGGAUCGUGUUGUCUGUGGAUCAGCGCCGGUUUGGCGUUGCUUUCAAUGGGUAUUUACAUGUCAGGGAUUUUAAAGUACAUGAGUUAA